AUGGCGAACUACAGACCUACCUACACCGACGAGAACGACCUGGGCAAGAGGCACCAGGACGUCUUCUCUUCGCUCAAGGGUCGCAUCCUCGUGAACGCCCGCGCGUACUACAACCACACCUAUCCGCACGCCACUCGCUUCGACCUGAUUACCACUAGCGAUAGCCCCUCUGGACGCUUAGAUAGCUUGGAGUACCGCGCUGCACUGAUCGUCUACCCUAAUUCAAUGAGUAGGGAGUGGAAACUUCUGUACAAGAGCAAUGUGUGUCCCCCCAUCGAAGACGCGGCGUUCGAGAUUUGCUACUGGGUGGAAGAGGACAUAAAAGAGGUGUUCGAUGAGGUCUUGGAGGUUGGUAGGUACGUGGCAGUGAGGAGGAGGAAGAAGACUACAGAACCGGUGGGAGAGUGGACUGCAGCAUCAGCAGCAGUAAAGAAGUCUACAGCGUCAGCAACGAAGGAUACUACAGCGUCUGCGAUGAAAAACACUACAGCGUCUGCGAUGAAAAACACUACAGCGUCUGCGAUGAAAAACACUACAGCGUCUGCGAUGAAAAACACUACAGCGUCUGCAGCAUACAACAACGUUGGACAGGGCGAGGCAACGGGACAAGAAACCCUUUGGAAGAGCAAACACACCGUUCGAAACCCCACGAUACCCUCCAAGGAUACUGUGGACACACGGGUCAUCGAGGAAUAGCGCAGGAGAAGAGCAAGGACACCACCUUCCAAUUCAAGCCUUGCGGUACGGGCGAAGUGCCGACGAGUAGCAAAAGUGCAGGUUCGACCGAUGGCAUUCCUCUCACGGUCGGGUUGAAGCGCAAGUUCAACACUGGCACCGGCAUAGAGAACAUCAAGCGUGUACGAGCCG